AACGGAAGAGAGAGGAGGGGGACGUGUGUGCAGGUGACACUCUAAUUCUGGUUCGCAGUCCGUUUCAUUUCUCUGCAAUGUUUUCAAGAGUCUCGACUACCUUGCCUUUUCUCCCCCUUUCCCGCCUCCCUUUGUGCUCCGGAGGCCCAGAGGCGUCUGCGGCUGCGAUUGUGCUACUCAGUGCUCGGCACGGAACGGUCAGGACAAAAAAUAAGAUCCAAAGAUAUUUUGGCACUAACAACGUGAUCUAUAGCAAGAAAGAUGGGCAUUCUGUUCCAAUCCAUGAGAUUUCCAAGGAGACAGAGAGCCAAGACAGUGUAAAAGAAAAUACAAAAAAGGAUUUGUUAAAUAUCAUUAAAAGCAUGAAAGUUGAAUUAAGCACAGUAAAUGUACAAACCACAAAGCCACCCAACAGAAGACCACUUAAAAGUUUGGCGGAUACAAUUGGCAAGCUCCAAAAAGCUACAGAAGAUGCUGCAAAGAAGAGAAGUGAGUCCCUGAGCCCAGAGUUGGUGGCUGCUGCAUCCGCUGUUGCAGAAUCUCUCCCCUUUGACAAGCAGACAACCAAGUCGGAGCUGCUAAGGCAGCUCCAACAGCAUGAGGAAGACUCAAGGGCACAGAAAGAUGGAAUAAAACCUAAAAUUAGUUUCAGUAACAUAAUAUCAGAUAUGAAAGUUGCCAGAUCUGCCACAGCUAGAGUUAGUACAAAACCAGUUCAUCAGAUUCAGUUUGAUGAAGAAGCUGACAGUUAUGCUGGCCAAGAAAAGACCGUUGACCUUAGAAAAAGAAAAAAUAUAUUCAAGGGGAAGAGACUUAACAUUUUUGAUCCUAAGGCAGUUACUGAAGAGGCAUCUGAAACAGAAACAGCACCUUCUCUUUGGGAUGUGGAAUUUGCUAAGCAGUUAGCAGCCGUAAAUGAACAGCCCUUUCAGAAUGGUUUUGAAGAGAUGAUCCAGUGGACAAAAGAAGGGAAACUGUGGGAGUUCCCAGUUAACAAUGAAGCAGGUUUUGAUGAUGAUGGUUCAGAAUUUCAUGAACAUAUAUUUCUGGAUAAAUACCUGGAAGAUUUUCCCAAACAAGGACCAAUUCGCCACUUCAUGGAGCUGGUGACCUGUGGCCUUUCCAAAAACCCAUAUCUGAGUGUUAAACAGAAAUUGGAACACAUUGAAUGGUUUAGAAAUUAUUUCAAUGAAAAACAGGACAUUCUAAAAGAAAGUGGCAUACAGUUCAAUUGAAGUCCAUAGAAAAUUUUAUUUCAAGCUGUUAGAGAUUGGUAUUAUAACUAAAUAAAAUAAUUUUCCUAUAUCGUAUUAA